UAGUUUUGUGUUCGAGACAGGCCGAACGAUACUUUCUGAAGAUUAUAGAGAAGAAACGAAACCUUGGGAGUACUGCAGUCGUCCUCCAUGCUUCGCCUCCUCCACAGAAGUAAACAUGUCAGGAGGCUCGGUCUUCUCAUCGUUCUUGCUGUCGUAGCUUUGGUAUGGUCACAGUAUCCCACGUUCCGUGGCACAGAAUUACAUGUAACAGAGGGGCCACAGGUGGUACGUUUACACACCCAAAAUACAUCAACGGAGUAUCCAUCCACAGGCUUGCGCUUGUCAAAGGUCCAGGACUUCGUUCUAUGGAGAAGCUAUAGAAAAGGGGAAAUUCCGGUAUUCCGCGUGCCUGUUCUCACAUACACACCUGGAGGGAACCUUGUAGCCAUCACGGAGGGAAGGAGGAGGUCACACGUGGAUCAUGUUCCUAAAGUCAUUGCCUUUAGGAGGUCAACGGAUGGAGGUACGACGUGGUCACCGUCAAAGUGGAUAGUGGACGACGGAGAUGCCACCUAUCGCAACUGCUCCUACAUAGGAACUGUUUUCGUCGACGACACAACAACAACCAUUUUCCUGAUGUACGUGUUUUGUGAGUUCUGCCCUACGAGAUCACUGAUGCUGAUGAACAGUACGGACGACGGCAUCACGUGGGGCCGGCCGAGAAAUAUUACCGACCAAGUAGGGAAACACUACGUCACACAUCCAAGCCCGGGAUAUGGUAUUCAGAAAAAGCACAGCCCCUCAAAGGGUCGGCUGAUUGUGUGCGGGCACGGUUUCCAUGACGGGAAAGGUUUGGUGCUGCUGCUGAGUGAUGACCACGGUGUGACGUGGAGACAUGGGGCCUUCGUGCCGAGUGUGCCGUUCCAAAACAGCACACUGACGGACGGAAACUUUAAUCCUGACGAAUGCCAGCCGGUGGAACUGCCAGAUGGAAGCUUGUACCUAGUUGUGCGCAAUCAGCAUCAGUACAAGUGUCACUGCAAGAUGAUCAUGCGGAGUUUCGAUGGCGGGGAAACAUUACCACGAGACCACAUGUUCCUGGACAUGGCACUCGUCGAGCCGAGGAUCACGUCUGGGGUGUGGUAUCACAACGGAGUUCUGUUCUACUCGGGACCCAACAGGCCACUAGCACGAGAGGAUUUGUACCUCCGCUGGAGCCACAACCACGGCCACACGUGGACUAAAGGCUUGCGGAUUUGGGACGAUCUUGCUGGGUACUCAGUUAUUACAAUGGUUCCGAAUGAUCAUGAACAUCUCUACAUGAUCUACGAAAGAGGAACAGUGAAAUACUUCGACGAAAUUGCGCUCGUUAAACUGAAAUUUUCUGUGACGAUAAAAAAUGAUACCUCAUUACGUGUGGACGUCAACCCACAGAAACUGAGUUACCCAGGAACUCCAAAUUUGAAGUGGAAUUAGAGGAAAAUAAAAGUUUAGAAUUUUCACAGAACAAGUUGGCUACGAAUGACACGUAUAUUUACUGUGCCAUUUUAUAGUACAGGAAGGAUAUUUUGAUGAAUAGCAGAAGAAAAUGAAACAACAACAAAGGCGCACACCGAUACACAGACAUAAACAAUCGAUGAUGUAUGUCUUAAUGUUCCGAAGUCCAGAAAGAUCAGCUACCUACAAAUCAUGUAUGGUAGAUAAUGGGGUAGAUAAAGUAUCCAAGUAUCCAAUAUCACAUAUAAUAUAUAACAUAUAACAUAUAACAUUACA